AUCUCCUAGUUUUCUUUUUUUCUUUAUUUCUUUCUUUCUUUCUUUCUUUCUGUAGUACACUAAAAUAACCAUAAUGAAAUACAAUGGGAGUACUUAAAAAUCACUGUAUAAAUUUACAGAUAUUGCAAACAGAGUUCAAGAUAUGUGUUCUUAACGACAAUUGAUCAAUUAUACCUAAAUAAAAACUAUUUUGAUGCAAAAGUUUGCACACCCUUAGAGGAAAGUAGAGAAGACAAAGAAAUGCAUUUCACUGAUUAACAUAAAUAGCAAUAAAUAACCGAAAUAGUAAAAUGGUGCAUGUUAAAAUAUUAAUAGUGAUAGAAUAAAAAUGAUGGCAGUUCAAAAGUUUGUGCCCCUUUUCUGAAUAUUAGAUUCAUAUUCAUAUUCUCUGAUAACUUGUAUGACCUCCCUUCUUUCUGUAACUGCCUCCCACCGGUUUUAAUAUCCUCCGAACAGCUUUUGGAUCCCCUUAGUUAUAAUAUCUGUCAUAAAUCAUGUACUAAAUCUUACUGAUGUCAUUCAAAUCAGGUCUGGAGAUCAAUAGGGUCAUGAAAAAAACUUCUAACUUACUCACCUACUUUCUUAUUUAUACUAUUUUAUUGUUCGCUCCAGGAUAUAACCCACAUUUCAUGUCAUUUUAUUUGUAAAUCCAUAAUAAAUUAGAGGUACAUCUGGUUUCAGGUGUACACUCAACACAAUUGCAUGGCAGAUAUCUAUUUAUUUAUAUAUUUAUAUUAAUCUAAUAUUUACAUUUACACUGUAUUACAUUAGAAAGAAAGUACACACCAGUAUAACUUACUCUCUCUAAGCAUGCAAUCCUUAAAAUAAAAUUUAGAUUAUAAAUAGAAAUAUAAUGUAAAAAAGACAAUCCUUAAGGCUAAAUGUGUUUAGAUUUUAAUUCAGCCUGAGGAAUAGUGAGGCCUAGUAUAACGGAGACUUGGAGUUUAAUUUCAUUUAAUUAUUAUUAAGAAACAUCCCUGCUGGAAAAAAAAAACAAUAGAAACCCUCAUAGAGUUUGUAAUGGUUUUAAUGGUUAUAAUGGGAAUUGUAUUGGUUUUAAUGGAAACUCUAAUGGUCCCUGUGGGUCUCUACUGGUAAUCUGUUGCUUUCUACUGGUGGUAUGUUAUGUCUAGUGGAUACCAUUAAGGACCAGUAACGGUAAUGGUUUUAAUGGUUAGUUGAUGGUUUGUAAUGGUAUUUGUAGUGGAAACCAUUAGAAUUUCUAUGAUUUUUUUUUUUUUUUUUUAGCAGGGAUGACCAAUGCCUGAGUUAAACAUGCCACAAGUAAAUGAAUGACAGCUCCACACGUGCAUUAAAGGGUUAACACCCGUCCUGCUGUUUUUAACUCAUCUCUUUGGAGAGAGCACGUGCUAGCUCGCCUGUGAUUCAGGAGAUGAGUGGGCGUGGCAAACCGAGCACGAGCGACAGCGGCGUUGCCAUGGCAACGUAAACAACCUGAGGCUGUUGAGAGCGCAGGAGGAAAGAGAGAGAGAGAGAGAGAGAGAGAGAGAGAGAGAAAGAGGAAUUUUUGGGGGGGAUGUUAAAGAGGAAAGUGUUUACAGAUUGUACAGAAAUGGAGUUCACAGCAAACACAACACAUAAAGAUGGAGAUGAAGGAAGCUUUACCAGAACCUCAAUGCGGUUUCCACGGAGUCCUGAGAUACAGAAGAGAGUCUGAAUGGAGAAAAAUCAAUCUUCUGCCCGCGUCUGCUAGUGACCAUACAGUGUGGUGUGAGUUUUGUGGUGCGAAAGCGAAGCCUCCGCUUGAUUUUUCGAAGACCCCGGAUCCAGAGGAUUUCUGCUGCGCUCAGUAUAUGGAGCUGUUUAAGAAGGUGGAGCAGCAGUGGCGCUCGCUGCAGGAGAACUCUGGUGAACCUUCACAGGAACACGACUCCAAUGUGGAGAAAGUGCAGGAGCACAGAGACAGAGCAAGACCUCAAGACGUAUUGCAGCAGGUUGCAGAAGAAUGUCUCAGAAAAGCUAAAAGGCCAUCUUCAGAAAACCAAACCGAGAUGCCGGGCUGCAAAGUGACGACUUCGGGUUUGUUCACCACCAUCACGUUCCGGCUUUCUGAGUUUGUCCGCUUGAAAGAGAACGGGCGCUUGACUGCGAGGGAGGAGAGCAUAAAAGAGGAAAAGCCCAGCCCGUCCAAGCUCUGCAGCACUAACGGUUCCGUUCCAGCUGGGUUCGGUCUGUGCCAUUAUCAGGGCCACAUACAGAAGUUUUACUCGAAUGGGAAUAAAUUUCUCACAGCGCUUCCAGACGGCACUGCCCAAGUCUUCUAUCCCUCAGGAAAUUUGGCCAUUAUCGCUUUCAUAGAUGACGUAGAGGGAGUCUGCAUCAUUCUUGAUGACAUCAAAUCAAGCUGUCCAAUCAGAGCCUUCUUCCAGUCCGGUGGCAUCUCCGCUUGUUACCAUAGCAACGGGAGUACCUGGUUGCACAUGGACGUGUGGGGAGGGCUGAGUUUAAAUGAAGACAGGACCAGAAGAAGCAAGUGGAAAUGGACGGACCAGGCAAACAAUCCGACGCCCUUCAAACCCAUCCACCUGUCACUCAAUAAAAACAUCGGGGUUAGAGUUCGGGGACGAGAGUCUGUCGUCGUGACCUUCCUGGCUUCGGGACAGCAGGCUCGCUUUAGCGUCGGCAGCUGCACAAAGCCGAGCGACCCCGCUCCGUCUCUGUGUAAAGAGGAGCUGAUGAUGCAGGUGAGCCAGCUCAACGCCCGGCUGGCGCUCGAACGCCUGCGCUGGUGCCUCGCGUUUCACUCGGACUCUAAGUGUCGGUCUCUCAGGCUCCCCCCAGUCCUCAUCUCACAGGGACGGAGACUUCUGAAGCUCAGCUCCAGCAUUUGGAUGGAGGAGAAGGACAAGGCCUAUAUACAGCACUGCCUGCGGGACUGCCAGUGA